CUUGUUUCUCCAAUCAGAGGCAGGAUUUCCACAUUGAAAAAGUGCAGCAACUUUGAAACUAGAAAGUUGACUCCAUUUUCUGUAGCAUGCUGCAUGCCGGGUCCAGCCCAAUACGAAGAAGGCCAGUCUGUCAGCACGGACUGGCGGGCCUUCCGAGCCAAACUGGUGGCCCGAGAACGAGCUCCGCUGCUGGAGGAGCUCUCCGGUGGCAAACCGACUGCCGGAAACAAAUGGGCCCACAACAUCUACAAGCCGGAGAGAGGGUGCCUGCUGAUCGCCACGGAGAAGCUAGAUGGAGUCCUCAUCUUCGAGCGGACGGUGAUCAUGGUACUGUCAACUGGCCCACCGGGCCCGACGGGCCUAAUACUGAACCGACCAUCGCUCAUGUCAUGUCGAUCAAGGAGAUGCGGCCUUCAGCGUCGGGCCCAUUCUCAGAGAAACCGAUGUUCUUCUGGGGGCCGGUGGAGGAGGCCAUGUUCCUGGUGAGCCCGCAAGGGGAGGGCGUGCUGAAGAAGGUGGUGGAGGGAGUGUACUACGGGACUAAGGAGAGCGUGGGGUGUGCGGCAGAGAUGGUGAAGAGGAACAUGGUUGAGGCGGAGGAGCUCAGGUUCUUCCAUGGCGACUGCGCUUGGGAGAGGGAGCAACUCAGUGAUGAGAUUCGGGCCUGAUAUUGGACUAUCGCGGCCUGUAGUCCUACUGUCAUUCAGCAGGCUGACGUCGGGCUUUGGGAGGAGAUUUCGGGCCUCAUGGGAGUUUGGUGAGUAAUGCACAUGUAUACGUGUAUGGGGAUUAUUUGUAUUGAGUGAAUAGGUGAUUAAUUACUUGUAAAUUUUCAUUUGAACAUGUUAGAAAUUGAUAGUGUAUUGGGAUUACUAAUUUAUAAAUAGUCCACAAUAACAUACUACCUCCA